AUGACUCUCCUCCAGGAGUUGAAUGCCACGCCCGACUUUAGCUUUUCUACAGUCCAAACGUCCAGCGACAUCAUCAACGCCCUCAUCAUAUCACUGCUCACUGUUUUCGUUAUCUCCAACAUCCUGUCAGUCACCUCCAAGCUUAUCUUCAGCUCCCGCGAAAAAAGCUUCGAGUACCUCUCCUGGGUCCGUUCCUUUAUCUUUGUCAACAGCGACGACCCCAUCCGCAUUUUCUCCUGGAUUUGGCACAGGUACUCAUACAAGGAGAAGGGCUGCACACGUUACAGGAACGAAAUCCAACUCCGCAGGCUUGUCCUCCCCCUUCUGGCGAGGCUCUUCAUUUUGGUUACUGCCAUCACAUCUGUUGCCAUCUCCAUCCCGAGCGAAAAGCGCCUGAGUGGGUGUGAGAAGGGCGAUUUUCGAAUCCAAAUGGACCCUAACGUUCGAAAGCCAGCUCCGGAUUUAAAUAGGGUUUGCGCCGACAUUCCGCUGACAACUACACUAGGCAAAGUCAGAUCUCGUGUGUCGUACUGCUCUUGCUUGGUGGACUUUGGAUCUAACGUCCCUGUAUCGAAAGGCGAAGGCGGAAUAAUUACAAUCACCACAGCGUCGGGUCAACUAUGGACCGCAUUGGUGAGCAAGAACAACACUGCAGCGAGUGCCUUCUACAUCCAGUGGGUCAAGGACAGACGGCAAAGAGACAAUGACAAAUCGCUCCUCUUCACAAAUGUUGAAAAGAUCGACUCUGAUGAUCAUCUCCAAGUCAUUGCCAACGCACUCCGUUCAGAGACAGUACAGCAGUGCACAGCCAAAGGUACUUCUGACAAGUUACCGUCAGAGGACAACAGCCUUAUAGCGAAAGCGCAGAUAUUGGAUUGCGAUUUUGAUCCCCUCAGUCUCAUAGCGAGGGUCCAAGCGUAUGUCACAGGCUCAUUGACUUUGAACAAGCUUCGUCGUGGCGAAAUGGACAAUCGGUUGGAGUUGAAUCCCCUCACCGGCGAAGUGCGUGAAACGGCGGCAUGUCCAAUUGACGUUGUUGUCAGUCGCCCGAUCGUCAACAUCCUCCCGCUCGCUCUCAUGCUCGUCUUGUGGGGUAUCAUCAACGUACUCGUUAGCAUUUACACAUCCAGGCGCGGAAACGCUUUCGACAUGGGCUUCCAUAUCAUCAAGGAAGCACUGGGGCACGACACGACUUCCAACCCUCUGGAAGAAAACUCGAAUCGCGGAGAGGCGAUGGAACUGCCCUUGCGCAAAUGGCGCUGCGGCGCUGGUGCUGCGCAUGAAGGCUUCAUCGGGCGAGAUGGAGAUGUCCCAGUGCAGGGCUUUGACUCCUUUACAAACGUGUGUGGUUGCACGCAAGUGGUGACGGAGAUAGAAGCAGCGAGUGCGCUGCCAGACUCCGCGCCUGGCACGAUGGCUCCGGCCGACGAGCUGUGGCGUGGGGAUGUGCAUCCGCGGUUGCAAGGACAGGCGUCGACUUUAUCAUCGGCGGCCCCGACUGACAACUUUGCAUCGCAGACGGCCGCGGUGAGCAGCUCGUGGUCUGCGUCCGGGCUGCCGCAGCGGUUGCCCCAACCGGGACCAGCUUUUAUGACGCUGCCUCCAGCUAUGCAACAUUCAACAGAGUCGGGGCGGCCGGGGCAGGAGUAGCCAAGGUGCCGACUUCGUGCUUUGGCACCACCGGCUCAACAUGAUGAUCAAAAAGUGAAAAUUCAAAAUUCAAAUAGUGAGGGAGGGUCUUAACUUGCCCGGGUUUGCUUUGCUUGCCCGAGUUUGCCGGUCAUUUAUUAAUUUAUUAAUGUAAGUACACGCCUUCCCCUUACGUUAGUAGUGGACAGGUGUCCCAGAGCGACGGUGCUGACUUACAGAGGCAUACAGCGCCAUAAAUUGCCAGAACACAACGGGGAGGACACUGUGGGUUCUACAAA